AUCGCGUUUGUAUUUAGUUUUAUUGACAUUUCGGACAGGUUUCAUGUCCACAAAAGAAUAAGGUUUUGAUUGUCCUAUUGAUUAAAAGUAUAGCUAACUUUAUUUAUACAAAAAACCUAUAAAUUUUAUAUAGAACAAUUAUGCAAACCUGAACGCGGCACCGACUCGCCCCCGGCCGGCCUGUUUUCACUUAAAGAUUUGUGUUAUAACAUUGACUGUGAAAUUAUUGUCCUGUUCCGUAUUCAUUUCUCAAGUUUUAAACGAAAAAUAUAGAUAAGGCCGUAAUAUAUCUUAUCCUAAUCUAAUUACCUAAUUUUUUAAUUUUAAUCAGUAUUUUGUGAAGCGUUGAUAUGAGCGUAUUUUAUUGAUAAAUUUAGUAGUUAUUAUCGGCAAGUGAGGCAUAACACACAUAAUGGCGAGUCGUUAUUUAAUCUUUAAUAUUUUCCUAUUAUAUUUGAUGCAUUCCGUCAGUGGAUUGCAAAACGGGAAAGUCAAAAUUACCGUCGGAACCACAGCUGGUUGUGGUGAUACAGUCGCCUUUAUUCGAGAUCAAUUGAAGCCUACUUUUGAACUGUACGAGGAGUUCUUGGAGAUCGAAUAUGUGCCAUGGGGGAGAACGCAACGGGACGAGAACGGAGUAUUCACCUUUUGCCAGUUUAAUCCAAGUAACUGCUGGGCCAACCGCAUGCACAGGUGCUCUCUAAACUUAAUUGGAAAUAAUCAGACUAGACAACUCGAGUUUAUGUCAUGUGAGUUUUCUUCGCCUUUUCCGGGUUUCCUACAAGAAAGUUACGCCUGUGCUAGAUCGGUAGGUUUGAACGUCGUCGCAGUAGAUUAUUGUUUGAACAAUCCACAUUUGGAUACUUUAGAUGACGAAGCACAAGCGGCUGCUGUCUUACCAGUGGAAAAAAUCAAUUUUAUCCCAUACAUAAUCAUUAAUGACGACAUCAGUGUCGAUGUACAUGAGCAAAGUAGACAAAGACUAUCCAGUGUCGUAUGCUUCCUGUUAGCCGAAGAUCCAACGACGGGGAUAACUGCAUGCCAAAUCUAAACCAAUGACCAAUUUAGCUGUAUCAAAGUUUUAUCAUCAACGUGAACGCUCCAAUCGCCAAAUUGUAAAGUUUUUAUCUUAGCUGGCCUCCAAGCUUGAUUUGCCGAUUUUGGGAUUUUGCGAGCUAAAUGUCAAACUUUUGCCGCCUCGUAAUCGACGAACUUGUGCAAUUGGACAAUCGCCGAGCGCAGAUACGGCUAAUGGUGGAGUAAUUUUUGGUGAUACGAAUUGUAAUGACAGCAUUUGUUCCAUUAACAUUUUCUGAAUGUAUUAUAUAAAUGUCAGUUGAAUACUUGUCAGUUUUGAGGCCUUAUUUGCGAUAUUUUUUUUGUUAACAUAUUUUAAUCUUUGUAUUAAAUUCUAAAGUGUUUUCUGUUGAAACAAUAAAAGUUAUAAUGUUUUCCUUUGGCGUUUAUCAAACUCAACUCCUUAUUCUGAAGGACUCUCCUCCUGUCUUAUGGUGGACACAAAUGGCUUUUUGAAUGUUUUUCUAAACAAAUAUUAGUCUACUUAAUAAAUCUACAAAUACUUAACCGUAGCAAUUUCAACUAAGUUGAAGGUACAAGUAAUUAUAAAAUAAUUUUGAAUCGUUUGAAUAUAUGACUACAAAUUACUUGAAACAUUUGUCAAAAGGACAGUUGUCUGCUUGUUUAAUUAUUAUCAUGUAUGCGAAACAUUUCUGGUACCCAAAACAAUUGAAAUGUUUUUUAAUCUAGCUAUAUAAUAUCAAAGGGUAAUAGGGUAAUUAAUUAGAGCAACAUUUUUUUAGCGACAUUAAGAUAUUUUGUCACCAUAAAUAGUAAUCACUAUAAUUUUUUAGUUUGCCUCGAUAAAUUAUGAACUAUUAAAGGUAAAAGUUAGAUAGGAUCACACAUAAUACUGUAGAUAUUAGAGGAUAGAUAUAGCCCAAUAGCACAUCACUCGCCUCUAAAGGCAGACCAGAUGAUUGAUCAACAUCAAGACAUUG